AUGGAUGACACCAAUGGUCAGGAUAUACUCACCACCCUCAAAGAGAAAUUAUCUAUCUAUCUUAAUAAACGAAUCAAUGAAUCAUUGAUAACAACAAUCAUUUCUCAAUAUCAAAGAAAUAAUUCACUUGAACAAUUUACGAAUUUCGUUAAAGUAUUUGGAUUGGUGAAUUCAGAUCAUGUAUGUGAUUUAUAUAACCAAAUCAAUGAUAAUUAUGCCAGCAUCGAAAAGGUAUUGAAAGAGAGAAGCAGCAACAGUCAGAAAGUUAAACUUUUGCGUGUUGUAGAGAAACCUAAGAAGAUCAAGACUGCCUUGAAAUUAUCGUUUGAUGAGUUGGAUGACGAAUUGGAGGAAAUUGAAACACCAGCCAUAAAAACAAAGCCUAUUCCGAAACUUGACGAUGAGCUUGAAUUAGAUGAAGAGAUGUUAGAUAUAAACGUUAACAAAAAGACGAUAUCCAAAUCAACAACCAAAUUUAAAAAGAUAAAAAAAGAUGAUGCCAUUCGAAUAAAGCAAGAGACAAUACAAGCUCCGAAACCAUCAGAGACCACAAACAAUUCAACAUCAAAAGAUCCACCGAAACCACAAGUCAAUGCCGUCCCAGAAUCAAAACACAUGCAGCAACCGGAAAAUACCCCAAUAAUAGACGACUAUCCCAAAUUCGAAGAGCUUUCCAACACAAACCUAGAAGUCGAUAGAGAAUGGUAUAACAUAGAUGAAGAAGGAGCCGUCGCUAAAUCAGAUGAGAUCGACGAUACUGACUUCCACCCCCGCCGUCCUCAACAACAAAGACGCAACCGCCCAAUCCAAACCAAAUCAACCAAAGGAUCCGGCGGAUUAUUCGACCCCACCACGGGCGAAUACAUAGAUUAUGACCACUCCUCUGCUGAUGAAUUCUCGAGGGUGCCUAUUUCGAGUCAUGUCUUCAUUCCGCCAUUUUUAGAGAAUUCGAAGGAGUAUUUACAAUUACAGAUCUCGGGAAGUAGUAUUCGAGGAAUCGGCCCCACGGUGAAUCCUAUUAAAGAUUCCACAUCGGAAUUGGCAUCGAUGGCGAGACAGGGGUCGUUGGUUGUUCAGAAUAAGAGAUCGAAGAAGGAGAGAAUGCAGCAGGCGAAAGAAAGGACUGGGGUUUCUGGUAGUAAUCUAGAGAAAAUAAUACCCGAAGAAGAUGACGAUGUUGCGUCGCCAGAUAGUACAAAGAUGACUGAAGAAAUAGAAGCGGAUCCAAUUGAACUAAUAACUCAACAAAGAAGAAGUUUGCCGGCUUUUUUAGUCCGUGAUCAAUUAUUACAAACAAUUCGAGAUAAUCAAGUGACUAUCAUCAUUGGGGAAACAGGAUCAGGUAAAACCACGCAAUUAACACAAUAUCUCUAUGAAGAUGGGUUUGGAUCUAGUAUAUGUCAAGGAAAAGAACGGGUGAUGAUUGGAUGUACACAACCCAGAAGAGUUGCCGCCAUGUCGGUAGCCAAAAGAGUCAGUGAAGAAAUGAAUUGUAAACUUGGAGAAGAGGUUGGGUUUUCGAUUAGAUUUGAGGAUAAGACAGAUAACCAGAAGACUAUUAUUAAAUAUAUGACAGAAGGGGUUCUUUUGAGAGAGACAUUGGUGGAUCCGAUGUUGAGUCAUUAUAGUUGUAUCAUUAUGGAUGAAGCUCAUGAACGAUCUUUGAAUACGGAUAUCCUACUUGGAUUAUUCAAGAAUUUGAUAACAAAACGAAGAGAUUUGAAGUUAAUUGUGACUUCUGCAACUAUGAAUGCUGAAAGGUUUAUGAUGUUCUUUGGUGCAGCACCUCAAUUCACGAUCCCAGGGAGAACUUUCCCGGUUGAGGUUUUCUAUAAUAAGAGUAUAUGUUCAGAUUAUGUCGACACUGCCAUCAAACAAGUCCUAACCAUCCACCUCAAGGAUUCAAAUACCGAAACCUACACCAACGAUGGUGAUAUUCUAGUAUUCAUGACCGGUCAAGAAGAUAUCGAAAUCACAUGUGAACUACUCCGCGAGAAAUUAGACAUGUUAGAAAGCCCACCUCCAUUAGACAUCUUUCCCAUCUAUUCAACAAUGCCGGCCGAUUUACAAAAGAAAAUCUUCACCAAAAAGAAUUCCAAACGAAGAAAAGUCGUCGUCGCGACGAAUAUUGCCGAAACUUCUUUAACCGUUGAUGGAAUCAAAUAUGUCAUCGAUUGUGGUCUUGUGAAAAUGAAAGUAUACAAUCCGAAAUUAGGUAUGGAUAUGUUACAAGUCGUGCCCAUAUCAGUCGCAAAUGCUGAUCAAAGAAGUGGUAGGGCAGGUAGAACUGGUCCAGGGGUGGCAUAUAGAUUAUAUACCGAACAAGCUUGUGAUCCCGCCAGGAUGCAUAUUCAACCCAUCCCGGAAAUCCAACGGACUAAUUUAAGUAAUAUCAUGUUAUUACUAAAGUCGUUGAAAGUUGGUGAUGUCAAUUCUUUCCCAUUUCUUGAUCCUCCUCCCAAGGAUUUGUUAAAUUGUUCGAUGUAUGAUUUAUGGGCGAUGAAUGCGUUGGAUAAUCUUGGGGAAUUGACAAGUUUGGGAGAAUCAAUGACGAAGUUUCCUAUUGAACCUACAUUAUCGAAAUUGAUUUUGUUAUCGACCCAAGCGGAAUUUCACUGUUCUGAUGAGAUUAUUAGCAUUGUGGCGAUGUUGUCGGUGCCGAAUAUCUAUCAUAGACCGAAGGAAAGGGCGCAAGAGGCAGAUAUGGCGAGGGAGAAGUUUAUGAUUUCGGAAUCGGAUCAUUUGACGUUGUUGAAUGUAUAUAAUCAGUGGAAUAUAAAUUUAAAGAAAUUUGGGAAUAAUUAUUCUAGGAUUAAUUCAUGGUGUAAUAAGAAUUUCAUACAAUUGAAGUCAUUAUUCAGGGCAAAAGAUAUUAGAAAUCAAUUAUUGUUAAUCAUGCAGAAGAAUAAAUUACCAAUUCUUAAAUCUCGAAAUGAUGAACAUAUAAGAAAAUGUCUCUGUGCUUCAUUCUAUCAACAACUGGCGAAAAUUUCCAAGAUGAAUGUGCAUGGAAAUCCUGAAUUUGUUAAUUUAAGACAUAGUUAUAUGAAGAUGUAUCUACAUCCAACCAGUUCAUUAUUGGAUAUGAAUUUAAGUUCGAAUUUUGUGAUUUAUCAUGAAUUGGUACUUACUACUAAAGAAUAUAUGCAUUAUGUGACAUGUGUUGAUCCGGUUUGGUUACUUGAGUAUGGAUACAAGUUUUAUGGAAUUCCUGAUUCUUAUAGUUCUAGAUUAGAUAGUGAGGUUUCGAUUGUGACUAAGAAGGAAUUCGAAAAACAGUUGAAGGAGGAUGCAAAGAUUUAUGAGAUGAGAAUUCAAAAGCAGACGAGAGCGCCUGCCAAAGACUCAGGAACUGUUCAGAAAAGUGGACUGUUGUUUAAAAGAAGAAGGGCAAUAUAA